GAAUUAAGCCUUUCAAAUCAGGAAAAGGAAGGUUUUGACCCAUCAUCGCUUCAAGGCACCGAAUUCAUGAUUCAAUUUCUCAUGGACGACGAUGUGGAUAGCAUAAGAUAUUUAAAAAAACCAAGAUCAGUUAUUGUAGAUUUUCAAAAAGGAAAAAAAUUAUAAUAAUUUAAAAUAAAAAGAUGGAAUAAUAGGAAUGCCGGUAUUUGAUAAAAUUACCAAAUCCAAGUAAAUUUUAUAAAUAUAAUUUGAAUAGUCUCGAUUCUGUUCAAGUACACCAAAAAUCUAGUACAACCCAUUGCCAUAAUACACAGAGACACCAUUAAAAACAACAACAACAACUCUAGUUGAAACACAUUUUGACACAUUUUUUGACGGCUUGUAGUUAAUUCAGAAAAAAAAACUAUGGUGAUAUGUUUUCUUUAGUUAAUGAGCAAAUUUGGUAGAUUAUUGUGAAAAUCAUUGAUCCAACAUUGAUUACAGUAUAACUACGAUGUGUAACAUUCUAAUGGAAUUCGAUUUUGUGCAUAAAUUCAAGUGAAAUACCAAAGGCUUAAAACUAUUGAUUUAUGGACAUUUUUAAGUUCGAAAAAAAAAAUACUAUCGGCAUAUAGCAAAAUAAUACGAUACCAAUAAAUGAUGCUCAAACAAUGUUCACAUAUCUGGAAGAAUGCAACUAUUAAAAAGUAUAAUAUAGUUAUAAAAAGAAACGCUUCGUUCAUUGUUGGUCAAGUGCAUUUGAAGCAGUUCAAUUCGAACAUUCAAUUGCAUCGGAAUUUUAAGACUAAAAGUCAAACACUGAGUACUGUUGCUUAUCAUUUGCAAAAAAACCGUCAUCAAAUACGGUGCAUCACUAGUAAUAAUACGGUAAAUAAUACGAAUCCAUUUCGAUCGAAAAGUGUUGCAUCCAAUUACGAAAAUAUGGAGACGAAGUGGCGAGAUGAUCCUGUCAUUACAACGCUUGAUACACCACAGUUUAAAGCGAUGCUGCGAAAGAACAUUCUUGAUUUGGUGGCAUUGUUUCAAAAAUAUAACUAUGAAAUUCGCAUAGCUGGCGGUGCCGUGAGAGAUCUGCUCAUGAAUAUUACACCGAUCGAUAUUGAUUUUGCAACAACUGCAACACCAAAAGAAAUGAUUGAAAUGUUUACCAAGGAAAAUAUUCGUAUGGUCAAUUCAAAUGGCGAAAAACAUGGAACCAUCACAAAUCGCAUCAAUGACGAAGAGAAUUUUGAGGUGACCACACUGCGGAUAGACGUUCACACCGAUGGAAGGCAUGCUGAAGUUGAAUUCACAACCGAUUGGUUGCUGGAUGCCAGCCGACGUGAUUUAACUAUUAAUUCUAUGUAUCUUGGAUUCGAUGGCAAAGUAUAUGACUACUUUUUUGGCUAUGAAGAUCUGGAGAAUCGGCGAGUCGUUUUCGUUGGCGAACCAGCCAAUCGCAUCAAAGAAGAUUAUUUACGUAUUUUAAGAUAUUUUCGUUUUUAUGGCAGAAUUUCUGAUAUACCCGACAAUUUUGAUGCGAAAACAAUUGAUGCCAUUUGCGAGAAUAUUGAUGGAUUACAGAAAAUCAGCGGCGAACGCAUUUGGACUGAAUUGAAGAAAAUAUUACAAGGAAAUUAUCGUAUGGAAUUAUUUAUUAAACUUAUUGAAUGUGGAGCCGGAAGAUAUAUUGGUUUUCCCGCUUCCGUUGACUGUAAUGAUUUGUUCUGUUUGAAACAAACACUUGAAACGACAUUCAAAGAUGUUGCCAUCAAUCCAGUUACAAUCCUUUCGACACUGCUCAAUUCAAGAGAAGACGCACUCUGUUUACAUUCUCGACUAAAAUUGUCGGCAUAUGAACGUGACAUGGCAUUUUUCCUUGCCCAAAAUAAGGCCGUAACACGAGGUAUUGAUGAAUUGCUAUAUUACCAGAAAAUGUGCUUGCCGCAGAAAAAUCGUUCGUUUAAAUUGCUAAAAGACUUUGUUUUGGAACUGUUGAAAUACAAUGACAAGCGACACAUCUACGAUGAAUUAUUGGAAUGGGAACAGCCAAAGUUUCCGAUCAACGGUACAAUUUUAACCGAAUGUGGAUACAGUGGCCGUAAGAUGGGUGCAAUUUUGGAGAAAUUGCGUGAUAUUUGGGCCGAUAGUAAUUUUCAAAUGUCCCAAGAAGAAUUGUUGCAACAACAUUUAACGCCUGUACAACAGAAAGUUGCCGAAGAAGAGAGUCUCCGAAAAAAAGUCAAAACAAAAAAAUAAACAGACGCCAAUUGCAUAAUGAACGAAUUGCGUCGCCGUAUAGCUCGAAGCAGUAAAAAUGAAUUUACGCAUUUCGACACAUGCACUGUAAAUUUAAACCGAAAAUGAACAGAGAAUCAAAUUUUUAGAAAUAAUCAAAAGAAGUGGAAACAAAAACUGGAGAUAUAUAAGUUUUUAAAACUAAAGUCUUCAAUAAAGAAUUAUUACUUA